UUGAUCACAAGACUAGGUGCCAUGAUGGCCAGAGCUUCAAAGAACAGUCCUGAAUCCAUGUAUUUCCAACACCAUUGAAAGUUUGAACAGUCAUUGAACAAAUGGCUGUAACAUGAGGACUGCUUGUACUUUGUUUUAAAUGUUGAUAUAUGCCACACUUUUUUGUACUUUGAAGUGCUCUUGAAGAUUAUUCAGAAACUUUCAGUUAUGCAAAAUAUAAUCACCUAUAUGCUGAUGGAUGAGAACCUGUGUGGUAAUGAUGCACCAACAAUACAAGGAAUGCAUUAAUCGCCAGUUUGUUUCUACAUAUAAUUCAAGGAGCUGAUUAUUACCUACAAAUCCUACAAGUCUGAGAAACAAUACUUAUGGAUUUUCCUUCCAGAGGAAAAUUACCUCUCCCAUUGGAUCUACCCAUGAAAUGAUGCUCUAGAUUCUCCAUUCCCAAUAAAUGGGUGGAUUCAGAAAGAGGUUGCCAUGGAGAAGAGAGGAUGAUCUUUAACACUGAAGAAGCCUACAAUAUUAUUAAAGAUUGCAUAGAAGGGGUUCUGGGCAAGGCAGAUUAUAACCAUGACAGUGUGAAUAAAUGGACUACAGCUAUAGUAGAACAGUCUCUAGCAAAUCUGGUAAAACUGGGAAAAACAUAUAAAUAUAUUGUGACCUGUGCUGUGAUACAGAAGUAUGGGGCUGGUCUGCAUUCUGCAAGCUCAUGUUUUUGGGAUACUACAACUGAUGGUACUUGCACAGUCAGAUGGGAAAACAGAACAAUGAACUGUCUGGUCAGUGUCUUUGCUGUGGCCAUAAUCUUGUAGCAAAGAUUAAAGAUUGUAAAUUGGAUAAAAUAAAUUAUCCCAAAGCCUUUUAAAUUAGAAACUAUCAAAUACUCAGAAUGUACUGUAAGAAUUACUAAAUAUAUAUUAUUAAGUCUGAGAAAAAGAGGUAGGAAAUGUGUUUUUUAAAAUGUUUCUGCAAAAAUGUUUAUAUUACACUAAAGCUUUUUUCUGUCAGUUGGGAGACUGCUACAUAUAUGCUGAAUUUAAAAGACAAAAAUUUGAGUAUGCUACAAUUGUAUGUUUUAUGCUUCUGCCCUAAAAAAAGGAAAUAAUAAUAAAGAUAAUCAAAAACAAAAAUAUGCUGGAUUAUCACCAAUACUUUGCAAAUAGGAAAUUAGGAUAAAUACUCAGAGAAUAAAUUAUGCAUAAUAUACAAGAAGUUGACAUAUAUUUUGCAUUGAGUGACAGAUCUCAGUGUUUCAGAUGAAGGUUUUUAACCUGUUGUCAGAACUCUUUGAAACCUCUUUAUUUCUCAAAAUAAUGAUUGAUAAGCUUCAACUUGACUACUAAAAUCUAGUUUUGUUUAUUCCAAGACAAAUCUCUGAUACUGGCAUAGAGAGAACUGAACUGGGUCUCUUGAGAACUGAAUGAGUGUCAUAGAAAGCCCACCACUGAAGGAUUCCAUGGUUGUGGUUCAAACUUAUAUGGAGAAAAGUUUCCACAAAAUAGUAGAUUUCAAAACCUGUUGUUUUAAAAAGUUAUGUUCAAAACUUUUACCGCAUACAGUAUGCGGUACAUUUAUAGUAAAUGAA